AUAUUAUAUAAGAAUCGUGAAGUAUAUGUAGUUGUAUAUAUUGAAACUAUAUUAUCUAAGACAACCCUAAUAUAUUAACGUAGACUGUUUUGCCUAUUCGUUUGUUACCACUUUGCAUUCUAUAAAUUAAGUAGAACCAUAAUCUCUCUUUGCUUCAGAAUCUUCAUAACACAUUUCUCCUUCGCGUCAUCAUCUCAUUUUUCUAUCUCUAGAGAUGGAGAGUGUUAGGGUUUCUCUUGCUUGCGCUCUUCUUCUUUUUGCAAUCUCUUCAAUAGCUUCUGCAGCCAUUGUGGAACACACCUUCAACGUACAAAACUUAACGGUGUCUCGGCUGUGCAAACGACAAGUGAUAACGGUCGUUAACGGAAGCCUGCCUGGACCAACGGUACGCGUCCGGGAAGGUGACUCGCUCGUGAUACAUGUCCUCAACAAUUCCCCUCACAACAUCACAAUUCAUUGGCAUGGGAUAUUCCAUAGACUAACGGUUUGGGCGGAUGGACCGAGUAUGAUAACGCAGUGCCCAAUCCAGCCCGGCCAUAGCUACGCUUACAGGUUCAACAUCACCGGCCAAGAAGGUACCCUGUGGUGGCACGCACACGCAUCUUUCCUACGCGCCACCGUAUACGGUGCUAUCGUCAUACGCCCUAAAUCCGGUCACUCUUACCCGUUUCCCAAACCCCACAAAGAAGUUCCCAUCUUAUUCGGUGAAUGGUGGAACACCGAUGUAGUCGCAUUAGAGGAGACGGCAAUCGCCACCGGAGUUCCUCCAAACAACUCCGACGCUUAUACGAUCAAUGGCCUACCCGGAAACCUAUAUCCAUGCUCCAAAGACAGAAUGUUUAGCCUAGAUGUGGUAAAAGGGAAUACAUACUUGCUCCGCCUCAUAAACGCGGCAAUGAACAUGCAAAUGUUUUUCAAGAUAGCCAAUCACAGGCUGACAGUUGUCGCCGCUGACGCAGUCUACACCAAACCUUACGUCACCGACGUGAUCGUCAUCGCACCGGGCCAAACCGUCGACGCGCUCCUUCACGCCGAUCAGUCCAUCGGCUCUUCCUACUACAUGGCUGCUCAUCCUUACGCCAGCGCACCCGCCGUGCCGUUUCCCAACACCACCACCAGAGGCGUCAUCCACUACGUCGGAGGCGCGUCGAAAACACGGCGAUCGAAGCGCGUGUUGAUGCCGAAGCUGCCUUCCUUCUUCGACACGCCAACGGCUCACAGGUUCUACUCGAAUCUGACCAGCUUGGUCAAUGGACCCCACUAUGUCCCAGUGCCUCGCCACGUGGACGAAGAGAUGCUCGUUACCAUCGGGCUCGGGCUAGAGGCAUGCGCAGAUAACACCACGUGUCCGAAAUUCUCUGCGUCGAUGAACAAUCACUCCUUCGUCUUACCCAAAAAGCUGUCCAUUUUGGAAGCGGUUUUCAACGGCGUCGACGGGGUUUUCACGGCGGAUUUUCCAGACCAGCCUCCGGUUAAAUUCGACUACACGGACCCGAACAUAACCCAGAAGAACCCGGGACUAUUGUUCGCUCAAAAAUCAACGAGCGCUAAGAUCUUGAAAUUCAAUUCGACGGUGGAUUUGGUGCUGCAGAACCACGCGCUUAUCGCGGCGGAGAGUCAUCCGAUGCACCUCCAUGGAUUCAAUUUCCACGUGUUGGCUCAAGGAUUCGGUAAUUAUGACCCGACCCGUGACCGGAGCAAGUACAAUUUCUACAACCCGCAAUUCCGUAACACAUUGGCCGUGCCUGUUGGUGGUUGGGCCGUGAUACGUUUCACAGCUGAUAACCCAGGUGCGUGGAUUAUGCAUUGUCAUAUCGAUGUUCAUUUGCCAUUCGGAUUAGGGAUGAUCUUUGUGGUUAAGAACGGACCCACGAAGGCGACUACAUUGCCACCGCCACCAUCGGAUCUUCCGAAAUGUUAGCAAAGAUAAACAAAGCUUUUCUUGAAAACAAUAAGAAUAUUAUUUAGAGUUCAAAAAGACAAUCUCAAACUAACUGAGAUUUGUUUAAUUGGUUCUCUCUCCCAUUUAUUUUGAUGUAGUCCAUAAUUCAAAUAUUUAUAUUGAAUUUGUAGUCCAUUCCAAUGUUGUUAGUUGUUACCAACUAUUGUGUGUAUGUGUGUAAAAUGUGAUUUAAUAUAUUAUUUUUCUGUCAGUUAUCCAACUUUUUGGUUAAAUAAUACUGGAAACAACGUUUC